UCAUAGCAUUACACACCCCGAGUUGUCGACCGAAAACGUCCAGAUACGUCGAAUCUGAAUGGCUGAAGAUUGCUGAAAUUUCACUGGCUAAACACUUUGAUAGCUGACCAACCAAUUUCUCAAAUUUGAUUAGAUUGUACAUUUCAUAUUACAGAAGUCCUUCACAUGCUGUGAAUGAUGGAUGGUGGUGGUGAUGGACACAGUGAAAACAGUAUGAGUGAAUCCUUCUUCCAGGCUGCAGGCGGCCAAAUUGAAGGCCAGGAAGGUGAAGAACAAAUAGAAUCAGGAGACAAUGAAGAAAUGCCUAGGGACAAUGAACCACUCAGAGAACAGGAUAGAUUUUUACCUAUAGCCAAUGUAGCCAGAAUUAUGAAGAGAUCAAUACCAAAAAGUGGAAAAAUAGCUAAAGAUGCGAAGGAGUGUGUACAAGAAUGUGUGUCAGAGUUUAUCAGUUUCAUAACCAGCGAAGCAAGUGAAAGGUGCCAUCAAGAAAAACGUAAAACUAUAAAUGGUGAAGAUAUUCUAUUUGCAAUGUCCACAUUAGGUUUUGACAGUUAUGUUGAGCCAUUGAAACAAUACCUACAGAAAUACAGAGAGUCAAAUAAAGGUGGUGAGAAACCAUUAGGAGUGGCAGAAGGUGAUAUGUCAGACCUAGAUGCAGCAGGAUUUGAAAUGCAGUCAACGUUAGCAACGAAUAUGAUUGAUCCAAAUGGACAGCAAAAUGUUAUAUACACCACCACAUUUCCCAAUCAAGGGGCACUACAACAGAUAAGUUUUGGCGGUGUAGGAGGAGUUGGCAUGUGAUCAAAGUUAUCUUACUGUGACAGGGAUCAUCUAAUGCAAUGCAUGUUCUUUUUUUAUAUGUCUGUCAGUGCUACCCGAGAGCAUGAAAUGAUUUGGCUGGCCAAAAUUGAUUGUAUCUUUGCAAAUUUUAACUGUGUAAAUGACAGUUUGAAAGUUUAAGGCAUGUGCAUAGACCACCUGGAUGGUUUAGUUCUACACAUUAUGCUACAGUGAAACAUUCUAGGCAGCAAAUGAGCCAUGCCAUGAGAAAACCAACAUAGUGGGUUUGCGACCAGCAUGGAUCCAGACCAGCCUGCGCAUCCGCGCAGUCUUGUCAGGCACCAUGCUGUUCGCUUUUAAAGCCUAUGGAAUUGGAGAAACUGUUAGUGAACAGCAUGGAUCCAUGCUGGUCGCAAAGCCACUAUGUUGGUUUUCUCAUGGCGCGGCUCAAAUAUUGAAAUACCAUCUGGAUUGGAUUUCUGAGAAACAUGUGUUUAAAUUUUCAUGGUUUACUAUAAAAUAUUGUUUGAAUUUCCUUGGAUUGCUAUAGAAGGGUAUUUAAAUUGAGGUUAAUUGGAUUACUUUGGAUCUGUAUUGAAAUUCCAUGGGUUAUUUUGAAACAUGAUCAACAUUUCCAUGGAAUACUAUGGAACAUUAUUGAAACAUAUAUGUUAUUUUAAAAAACAUUGAAAUUUCCAUUGGGUACUAUUGGACUUAAUAACUUUGGAAGUUUAUUGAAAUUUCUUUGGGUUACUUUGAAACAUUGAAAAUUCCAUGGGUAAUUUUGAAACAUUGAAGUUUUCAUGGGUAAAUGUUUUACAUCUUCCAUAAUUUCUUGAGAAAACAAAUAUUUAUGCUUUUCCAUGACAAAACAGCAUUAAAGGAAAAACUUAACUGGGAUAACAAUAUUUUCCUGAAGAACUUUACUUAACUUUUGAAGUCUGAAAAUUUUAAGAUGUUAUUUUCAUUUUUUUCAAGAGUUACAGUGCUUUUAAGUCAGCUCAUGAACCUAUUUAGAGAUAUAAAGUCAAGAACGUUGUAAAAACAGUUGUCGUACAAGGCGUAUAUUUCAUGUCUGCAAUGCAGCAUAUUAUGUAUGUUACUGAUAUGACAGACAUUUUAACAUUUAGAGACUAUUUGAAAACUUUUUACUAAGUUAUAUCUUAUCCUUGUAUCUUUGGUUUCAUCACAGGCCUUUUAGCUACAUGUCUUUUGCAUAUAGGCGUUUUUAAAUAUUGGUUGUCUUGGCAACACAAAAUAGAAUUUGCUUGAUCUUGAAUAAUUAAAUCAUACAGAAGAACAAUGAUUUGUCUGCCCCUUUAAAAUACAUUUUAUGCAGUAAUUAUAUCAUGUCACUAACACAGGUUUUCUCAAUGAAUGGUUCUUGUAUAUAAGACACAUUCAGGGCUAGUGGCUUAAUGGGUUACUUGAUAAUGUUGAUGUGUAUUAUAUUGAUAAAAGACUAUUUAUUCUUUUUGCCUAGAGAUCUAUUGUGGAUCUUAGAUUUAAUUAUAUGCAUAAAAUCGGUUUAUUGAAAUAUAAGAAUAGAUUAUGUUCUAUUUAUCUGUCUAUUUUGAGUGAAUUUAUUGUGGAAGAAUUUAAACAAUAUUUGAUUGACAUUUUCUUACAACUAUGAAGAAUAAACUUCAGAAAAGCCAUGUGUAUGUACAUUUUGUUUGUAAAAACAUAUUAACAUUUGCUUGUCCUUAGAAUUUUAAUUUUAUUUGUUAUAUCUUUCAUAGAAUUAUUUUAAACUUUCAACAUAAAUAGUAACAUUUUGAUGUUGCCCCAUCAAAUUGCGUGAAUUAUGGUUAAAAACCAUUUAAUAACAAUGUAAGCGAAAAGAAAUUUUGUGUAUUUUACUUACAAGCGAGUUUCACAUCUUUAUGAUCAAGUACCAGUCACUGUAAGUUUGUUAUAAUUUCUUACAGUCCAGUUGAAAUGAUAAAUUAUCAUUAAUAAUUAAUUUUAUUUGAUUAUGUAUGUACAGUCAAACUUGUCUUAACCUUUAGCCUGCUGGUGGCAUGUGAUUCUGCCUUUGCGACCAGUGCAGACCAAGAUCAGCCUGCACAUCCAUGCAGUCUGAUCAUGGUCUGCACUGUUCGCUAUUCAGUCAGUAAAUUUUCAGUAAACACCCCUUCAGAUGAUAAAUGGUAUUUCCCAAAUUGAAUGAUGGACCAGUCCACUAUAGAAAUUUAGCAGGCUAAAGGUUAAACAGCUGGCCAAGGGUGUGGCACAAUCUGGCCACUUGAGGCAUGUUGCUGCUGAAGACAAGUUGAAGUUAAAGAAAAUGCCAGUUUUGGAAGUUAGCUGACUGGAGGCUUAGGGCAAGUGGCUUCUAUAUACAGUAGACAGCUGAGGCAGGUUCAGUUGUAUACAUACGAUGUCCUUCAGGAUAAAUAACUAGAUGGAUGAAUUGUAUAUUGCAGCUGUCAAAGUCAUCCAUCAGAAAAACAACAUAAUUAUGUGCUCAAUGGAUUAUAUAGCUUCUUUUACUAAUUGGCAAUCAAUAAAUCUGCUAUAUAUG